CCGCCCACCAGGGCUGGUUAGCGCCUCGCCUCUCCGCUUCGAGAUGCGCCGCUUCGCCGGGGAGUGAAGGAGGGCGGUGAGUGUGCUGCCGAUCGGCCAGCGUGAGCCGCGACCCGGCAUAGGCGAUGAUGGCGGCCGCUGUGGACAGAGGAGGGGUUCGGGCCGCCUUCCUAAACCCUGGCAGCGGCGGUGGCGUCGGACCCGCUCCGGCGACCGUCCCGGCUGGACCCGGUGCGGGAGCGGGAGCCGGAGCCGCUGGCUUCGGUUCGAGCGGCUCUGGCCCGAUACCCGUACCAAUGAACCUUUUCGCAACCUGGGAAAUAGAUCGAUCUUCUCCAAGCUGUGUCCCGAGGUUGUGUAGCCUCACGCUCAAGAAGCUCAUCGUCCUGAAAGAGCUGGACAAGGAGCUCACUUCUUUGGUGAUCGCCGUCAAGAUACAGGACUCCAAGCGGGUCCUCAGGUCCAAUGAAUAUGCGCUGCCGCCUGGUGGACUGAUGGAAACCGACCUGGAGCUCACGUUCUCUCUGCAGUACCCUCACUUCCUCAAGAGAGACACUAACCGGCUCCAGAUCAUGCUACAGCGACGCAAGCGGUACAAGAACCGCACCAUCUUGGGUCACAAGACCCUGGCUGUGGGCGUCAUCAACAUGGCUGAGGUGAUGCAGCAUCCGACAGAGAGCAGUCAGAUCCUGGGUCUCUAUAGCAACGCGAAGGAGGCGCCCAUGCGGGCAGCUGAGAUCAGCGUGCAGUCGCUGUCCAGCCAGCCAAUCGACCACGAGGACGGCAGCGUGCAGGCGGGGGCCAAGGCCAAGGCCUCAGACCGCUCUCCCGACAUGGACAACUACUCGGAGGAAGAUGAUGAUAGCUACUCGUCGGAGCAGGAGGCCAGCGACGAUGCCGCUCACGGACAGGACCUCGAUGAUGAAGACGACGAGGUGCGCAAGCCAAAGAAAUCGCGGAGGAAGAUGGUGCGGACCACCUCCAUGACCAGGCAACCCAACUUCAAGCAGAAGUUUGUGGCGUUGCUGAAGAGGUUCAAAGUGACAGACGAGGUUCUGGAUUCGGACCCAGUGGACCAGACCCAGGAGGUGGAGGAGGACCUGGACCUGCUCUAUGACAGCCUGGACAACCAGAGCGACAGUGGGCCGGAGGUGGAGGACACAGAAAGCCUGCUCAGCACGCCCAAACCCAAACUGAAGCCGUUCUUCGAGGGGAUGUCCCACUCCAGCUCCCAGACGGAGAUCGGGAGUCUGCACAGCCAGAAGAGUCAGACCCGGGACUUCACCUGCCCUGGCGGCGACUUCCUGUCUGCAGAGAAGGGCAAAGCUCCCGGAUCCAAGCAUCAGGAAGAUGAUGUCACAGAGACCGCCCCGGGGGGUGUCGAGGACGAGGAGCAGGGCCUGGGGGACGUCAACGCCGACUGGCUGGCCAGCUCCCUAGGCAAGCUCUGCAAGACGGAGUCUCAGAACCACAUGUCGCCCAGCAAAACGGAGUACAGGCUCUACCGGCGACCCCGCAGCACCUCCAUGAAGGACCGGCAGAACUGCAAAGCCCAGAGCGACCGCACCGGUAGCCUGGACAGCGAGAGCUCCCCAGACUCCAGGCUGAGCACGCAGGUCCCCAGGAAGUCUGUGUACGACCAGCUGAACCAGAUCCUGAUCUCUGACGAGGGGCUGCCAGAGAGCAUCGUCCUCAUCAACGUGGUGGACUGGCAGGGCCAGUUCCUGUCUGAAGUCCUCCACGUGCAGAACCAGCCCAUUGUCUCCACGUGCUCCGCCGCAGACAUCCAGGCCGCCUUCAACGCCAUCGUCACCCGCAUCCAGAGAUUCUGCAACUGCAAUGCCCAAACGCCUCCCACGAUCAAGGUAGCCGUGGCAGGUGACCAGAGCUACCUCAGCACCAUCCUGAGGUUCUUCGUGGAGCAGCUGGCCAACAAAACACCCGACUGGCUGAGCUACAUCCGCUUCCUGGUCGUCCCCUUCGGCUCUCACCCGCUGGCUAAACAUGUGGCCUCCCUCGAUAAUCGCUUUAACAGCCUCUUCAUGGACACGGCAUGGAGGGAGCUGUUCAGCCGGACGGAGCCUCCUAUCUCUGAUAACAUCGACGUGGCUGGGAGAGUCAUCCAGUACCUGGGGGGGGCCAGUGUGUCCCACCAGUUCCCCAUCUCUGAGGCCAUGCUGACAUACAAGCAGAAAAGCCCUGACGAGGACUCCUGCCAGAAGUUUGUGCCAUUCAUCGGGGUUGUGAAAGUGGGAAUCGUGGAACAAAACCUCUCCACGUCAGUGGACUCCGAUGAGGCUGUAACUGGGAGCAUCAAUCCAGUGAUGUCCCAGUCCUCCCAGUCAGCUACGCCCUACAGCAAGGAGAUGGCCUGCACUCCUCCCCCCUCGCCGUCCGUCUCUGGUACUUUGUCGGGAAUGGGCUCCCCAUGCUCUGGGGGCGAAGUCAUGGGGCUCCAGGUGGACUACUGGUCCUGGCCUGGUCUGGAGAAGAAGAAGGAGGGAGAGAAGCGGGACGUGGGAAUCAAGAACACGCUCAAGAGCAACUUCCGCUCCCUGCAGGUCAGCCGCCUGCCCAGCGGGGGCGAGCUCACGCCCCCACCCUGCAUGUCCAUGACCGUGGUCAUGAAGGAGAAGAACAAGAAAGUAAUAUUCCUCAGCAAGAAGCCCAAGGAGAAAGACCUGGACUCGAAAAGCCAGGUGAUCGAUGGCAUCAGCAGGUUGAUUUGCACCGCCAAGCACCAGCACACCAUGCUGAGAGUCUCCAUCGACGGUGUGGAGUGGAACGACGUGAAGUUUUUCCAGCUGGCUGCCCAGUGGCCCACCCAUGUGAAACACUUCCCCGUUGGGAUCUUCGGCUACAGCAAGGCGGCGUGACACCCACCUUUUCAUUGGGGGGGAGGGCAACCCGCUGGGGGGGGGGGGGGCAACCAGCCAGUCAUCGUUUUCCUGUGGAAACUUCACUCCUAAUCGCUAAACUGGUGUUCUGAAAUCUUCUGUUGUUUUCUGUUUUCCUUUUUUUUAAAAAAAUUAUAUAUAUAUAUAUAAACAACAGGAACAAGUAAUCUUUUGUAAGAAUUGUGCUUGGCCCUGAAAUCCGUUUUGAACAUGGCAGCCGUUUGCACUUUGUUUUUAUUUACCUUUUUAUCAUUUCUGUGAAAUCCUGUGUACAUAAACAUUGUGUGUGGGGGGGUGAAUAUUGUGGGGAUACGGUGUGUUCAGUAGAUUACUUGUUUAUUUUCCCCUCUGGUGCCGAAAGAGAGGAAUAUUGCUGUGAAAUUAGCUAGGAAAUCCUUCACCUCUGAGAGAAGUGCUCUCUUUCUAACCUUUUCUUUUUUAAAGUGACAUUUUUACAGUGACCCUUUUAGUAUGUAAAUUGCCUUUUUAUUUACAAGCACUGUGUUACUGGAAGCAAAAAAAAAUAGACUCAAUCAAUCAAUUCAGUAAAGCAGGGUAUUUUUAAGAAUAGUCCCCCCCCCCCUGAAACUUGAUACAUUUAUUACAGGGUGAGUCAGAUGGAAUUCUGGGAAAGCACCCAGGAAUCACCAUCCCAUUCGUGUCCACAGAACCUAUGUCCUGUUUGUAAUGCAGAUCAUGGGUUUCCUGACUCCUUGCUCACUAAAUGUCUCUGUUUUUAUAGAAAUUCAUCAGCCAUUUGUGAGUCUGCCGCAUGCAAGCUUGUAUGGCAACUAAACUGGGACCUUUUGAAGAAAGAUGGGGAGAACUACAACAUGGGAUAACAAUAUGGUAUUUUCGUGGUAUAAUGGGGGAUUUGGAGAACAGGCAUAUCCUAAUUACACCUCACCUGUGUGCAAAGAGCCUGAGACUGAAGACGUUCACAAUGGAGAGAGCGUGCUACCUCGUAAGGGUAGCAUCUCCUAUGUUGCAAUGCAUUGUGGGAUAUUGUGUUUGUUCACAACUCCGAUGAUGUGGCUGAUCACGUGACCUCCAUGUGCUAAAAGAGGCUACGCUAUGAAUCUGAGAUAAUCCCACUCUGCUGGACACAAAAAAAACAUUGAGACUUUAAUUAGCUUUUAAGACUUUGGUCUCUGGCUCUUAAACAUCGCGCAGUUAAACAUGUCACAAGAGCUGUGAAUUUAAAGUACACUUGGGGCUUCUGUUGUGAAAUGUCAAAUGGGACUUUGUUGGGAUUUUGGAGAACAGUUUUUUAGAUGACUUAGGCUAAGGGUUACUUUUCAGGAAAGUAUUUUUUUGUUGUUUUUAAUGAAGAGGUUUUGAUGGGUGUCAGAGGGUGAGCGUGCAGGCUUGGCAGUUUCAUGUUGUCGUUAGUAAUUUUUGUGUUCCCCCACCCUCCCUCGAAGCUGAUCCCUGUGCCUCCGUGUCUUGCGUCAGAUAGAACCUGUGGCUUUUUAAUGACAGUGUCCUCAUUCGUAGCUCCUGUCCGUGGUCCUUUAUAGACACGCUGACCUUCAGCGACCGAGAUGCUCAGUAAACAAGUUAAACAGCAUGAGAAGCGAGAGAAAUAUUUCACGGGUGGAUGGUGACCUGUAGUAUCUAACGGGGCUGGGAUUAAACGCUGGGAUUUGCUUUAUACGCUGGGUGCCAUUUUUACUGCAAGUGUCAUAUUGAUAUUUACAGGGGAGAAAAAAAUGUAAUACGUUUCAAAUAUAAAUAUGCACUUUUUUUAGCACUAUGACAUUUAACUUCCUGUGGAGACUCUUCUGUCUUUGCUCCCACAUUCUUCACAAACCCCAUGAACUCGGUUAUGAAGGUGGGCAGAUGGACAGAGAUCCCGUGUGUUUCACCUCGUCCUCAGAACUGCCUGUGGUCAGUUUGGUUUUUGUACGUGUUUUUUUUUCCCGGUUGUGCUUUAGCGGCUUUCCCCCGGAGUGCGAUAGCUCUGUGCACAUCACACUCCACAAGAUGCGAGAGGGAAUGCAGACCCCUAAACCUUCCGCUACCCCACUGUAUCGCGACGGCCGACUCGACAAUAUAAACCUUGAGCUUUAAAGCACUAAUCUGCAGGAAAUCCGAGACACGUCCUUAAUUAGGAAGGGCAUGUUUCAGCAAGACACACCGAUACGAUCAGUCGCUCUCCUGACCUAGAAAUAGCAGAUAUCUUUGCACAAAACUUCGUUUUAAAUUAUGACAGUAUUUUUAAAGUUACCACUAAA